ACGCCCUAUUUUCCACUGCACAACCACAUCAGCUGUGCAAUCGCAGCCUCCAGCCCCUCUAAUCAUGAAAGAUUUCGGCGUAAUCGAGCUGGCAAGCGCCAAAACGAAAUCCGCUCCAGGAUGGGCCUACGUACCCGACAAUAGGCCCAGCAUCCCUGGUGCCGGUGGCAACCAGAACAAGAAGCGCUCACGCAACCCGCCUGGUGGCGCGCUGUCCAUGAACGAUCUCACGGCGCGACAAGAAACAAGAAUUCGCAAGGAGCUCGAUGUGCUGGAUAAAGACGGAGGCAGAGACAGCUCCAUCCCAAUCCCCAUCAAGACCUCGCGACCACAAGUCAAGCAUACGGCGAAUGUCCGAAAAAUCCUUACGUCUCAGAAGAACUUUGCCAACCAUCUCGACGACUUCCUUGCCCUGCAGGCCCUCGAAGCGAACAACGCGGCGGCCGCAGCAGCGAGCAAGCGCGCGGCGACAGCGAAGAAGGACGGACCGACGCCUGUGCCUGUGGAGAAGACAUAUGAUCUUUUGGUAGAACCGUUUCUUCCCCAACCUGUUGCUCAUCCGGGUGAUAAGGAGGCACUGCUGCGCUCGCGCGUACCGCCGUUGCCGACGGAUGCAGAGCUGCGAGCGCUGCUGGCUCAACCGGCGCUGACCUAUGGCGAGGCCAAGGGGCGCUAUGAUGAGUAUGGCGAAGGAUCGUACCCUCGACGAGUGUUUUGCGAGGUCUGUGGAUACUGGGGACGAGUACGGUGUAUGAAGUGUGGUACAAGGGUGUGCGCGUUGCAGUGCUUGGAUCUGCAUAGGGAGGAGUGCGUGACGAGAUAUGGAUUGUAAGAUUAUGCUGGGAGGAUUGCAUAUAUUAGGCGUUCUUCUUGUUUUAUUGUAUAACGAUUAUGAUACCCAUUGGGCAAACGAGUUUAGGAGUUUCAAUCGCUAAGGCCGAACGAAGAUAGAUUCAAGAUGUGGUUGUUACUGAUUGAUCGAAACAUGUGAUGCU